AUGCUGACCGCUGGCCAGAAAGGAUUCUACAUCACAAUAGCCGCGGUGCCGUUGGCCAUCCUAUGGUAUUCUGCUGCGAGCUCGCCCGGAGACAAUGCCUGGUCUCGAUUGGUCAAGAAAUAUGAAGCUGGCAAGCAAGAAGAUGCGAGAGCAAAUAUCAUACAUACGACAAUGAUGGAGGCUGCUGCUGCAGACCGACAACUCUUUUCUUCGAGCCCGCGAGACGACAGUGGUUCACCAUUACGAAUGCCAGAGACAAUGAACUUUGGCUCGCCUUGGAACGUAUCUGCCGGUCGCGGUACAGCUGACUUAUCAGAACUCGCAAAAUUCUAUGAAGAACGGGACAGGAAAGCGGAGCGGGCCCGGCUGCAGCGACUUAAGGAGAACAACGGUGUUUCGAUCUAUGAUUAA